AUGGUCGUGCGGUCUCGAGACCCUCAGCAUCCCACUAAAGUGCACAUCAUCGAGCUCAGCGGAACUCACGGCAUCUCUGCAUCUGCGCCGCCCGCAGUCACACAGUGUCACCACACGCCGAGAGUUCGCUGUGCCAGAACAAUAACAAGUGCAGAGAAACUGAGACAACAAAGUCGACUCCAGUUAGUGGUGGACGGGACCUCGAGAGACGAACAGUUCCAGGUUUCCUCUGAGGAACCAAAGCGUUGAUUUUGCUGACUUCUGAGAGAAGCGGACCAGCAUCAAACGCAGAGCAUGAAGAAGACUCCAAAUUCAGCCCUGAAGAGAUCCUUUGAGGUGGAGGAUGUCGACACUUCAUCUCACUCUUCUCCCGGCUCCAGACGGACCACCAGCUCCCCCCACCGUAAUGCCAUGUCUCCCACCAGCAUCUACUACCGGGACCUGGGCACUGCCGGCCCGGCCACCAACAACAACAACCUCAACUACACCCAACCGCGCUCCAUCAUGGGCGGUGGAGGCUCCAAGACCCCCGAGCCUGUGUCGCGCCGCUCUGAACUUUCCAUCGACAUCUCUUCUUCCAGCAAGCAGGUAGACAACGCCACCAGCCCUGCCUCCACACGCUUUGUGAGCAACAGUGCCCUGAAACGUCCCGAAGUCCUGGGACACUCCAAGACGCCCGAGAUGACCCACAAGAGGGAGGUGACCUUUGCCAAGACGCCGACCGACUCCCCGGUGAUUCGCCGCAACGAGGGCAACAACAACAACAACGGGUUCAGUAGAGCCCCUGAGCAGAAUCACGCCCGCAAAUUUGAACCCCCCAGUCCCGGGGACGUCCGCAAACCUGAUAUCAACAUCACCAGAGCUCCUCCGGAGAACAAUGGCCACCACCAGCCAGUGCACCACCCACACCACCCCAACCCUCACCACAACACCAUCGUCACCACCUUCCGCUGCUCUUCGCCCAACCAUGCUGGACGCAAAUCCCCCAACCCUGACAGGUCAGAGGUCAAUCUGAGCCACAGCAACAUGUCUGAGUCCACCAAGCCUCACCCUCAGGGUAAAGGGGAGAAGACCCACGUGGGAGACUCCAGUUAUGUGGGCAUCGACGCCAUCCUGGAGCAAAUGAGGAGGAAGGCCAUGAAGCAAGGCUUUGAGUUCAACAUCAUGGUUGUGGGGCAAAGUGGCCUGGGGAAAUCCACUCUGGUGAACACGCUGUUCAAAUCCAAGGUGAGCCGUAAAUCAGUGCAGCCAAACCCGGAGGAGAGAAUCCCCAAGACCAUCGAGAUCAAGUCCAUCAGUCACGACAUCGAGGAGAAAGGUGUGAGGAUGAAGCUGACAGUUAUCGACACCCCUGGCUUUGGAGAUCAAAUCAACAAUGAAAACUGCUGGCAGCCCAUUAUGAAGUUCAUCAAUGACCAGUAUGAAGUCUACCUGCAGGAGGAGAUCAACAUCAACAGGAAGAAACGGAUCCCAGACUCCAGGGUUCACUGCUGCAUAUACUUCAUACCUCCCACUGGGCACUGCCUCAGGCCUCUGGAUGUGGAGUUCAUGAGGCGCCUCAGUAAGGUGGUCAACAUCGUCCCCGUCAUCGCCAAGGCCGACACACUCACUCUGGAGGAGAGGGACUACUUCAAACAGACGAUUCGGGAAGAGCUGCGAGCCAACGGGAUCGACGUGUACCCUCAGAAAGAGUUUGACGAGGAUGCAGAAGACAGGAUGAUCAAUGAUAAAAUCAGGGAGAUGAUCCCAUUUGCUGUGGUGGGCAGCGACCAGGAGUACCAAGUGAACGGGAAGAGGAUUCUGGGAAGGAAAACAAAAUGGGGCACAAUAGAGGUUGAGAACAUUGCACACUGUGAGUUUGCCUACCUGCGAGAUCUCCUGAUCAGGACACACAUGCAGAAUAUCAAGGACAUCACAGGCAGCAUCCACUACGAGACGUACCGCGUCCGCCGGCUAAAUGAGUCCAACAUCCAUUUCAGCGCUCACCUGUCCGACGAUCCUGCUGUUGAGCCAAAAGCCAACGGUCAGCUGGAGGAGCAGCCCAGCGCCCUGCAGCCAAACGGAGUGGCUGCUCAACAUGAAGCCUUGUCCCAUGAGAUGUAGAGGGGCGUCCAGUGAGGAGCCACUUCACCAGUUUAUGACAUCAGGACACAGCCAGGCACAAAAACAUACACUCACACAUCCUGUUUACAUGAAAAAGCCCACACACACUCACACACACACACACAGACACUCACACACACACACACUCACACACACAGACACAGACACACACACACACACACACACACACACACACAGACACUCACAUACACACACACACACACACACACACUCAUACACACACACACACACACACACACACUCAUGCUGUGAAGACCAUUUUUAUUACCUAGAACUGCCCGACUACAGCUUUUAAUUCAUCAGGAUGUUACGAGACACAGGAUGGAGAGUAAAUCCUGACAUUUUUCCUUCCAUGGACUGCAUUCUUAUCGUUUCUCCAUUAAUACAGUUGUGAGCAAAUCAUGUCCUCACUGCGUCCCACAUAUUGUACAGAACUCCUGUUUGGGUUUUUUUCCAUCAGUUGAGUCUACAAUCAGGAUUGUUUACAAUAAACCAUGAAAGCUGUCAGAUCAUGGAUAACCAGAAAGAAAUCUACAGAUAUUUCAUGGCAUAGCUUUGGAUGCUGUAUUUCAGCACAUCCAGGAGAGCAAAAUGGAAUACAUGUAGAUGUAAGCAGCUCAGCAGUGAAACAAGAUUGCAAUCUGGCUCCAUUAGUAUGAAUAUAAAUAGUAUCCAGGAGAAACAAGCUUGUUGCGUACAGAACAUCUUUGCAGCAUCACAGAAAGUUUCACCAUCCAGAGCUGUAGAGAUGAGGAAAAAUGACAUAAUUCACAAUGAAGUACAGCAUAUGAGAUGAUACUAGAUUAGCUCUAAACUAGAAAUAACUUAGUGCCACUGGAACGGUCUGCUCUGUGUUGUGGUGUAUAGUAUUGUAUAGUUCCUAGGGUUGAGUAGGGAUAUUUAGAUUAGGUUUAUAGUAUUAUGGAGAAAGUAAAGAUAUUUUCGACACCUCCGCACUGUAGAAUGAAAAAGAAAGCGACGGCAGUGUGGAGCAGCUUUCGGAAAAAUGAGUCCCCCUUGUAAUUUUUCCGUCGAUGUUUUUAAAGCCUCCUUUUGCCAAACCAUACUGUCUCUUUCUAUAUAAUGCCAAUGUCGUGUAAUACAGUCAUAUGAUGCAUUUUACAUUGCUCAUUUACUGUUGUAUUUUAAUUGCUGAUGUUCAUAUUCUAAUAUUAUUGUAUAAGAUGAGGGUGCAACUGUUGUCCCACGCUGCCGUUUUUGUCCAUUUUUCUGUCAAGCAAAUAAGUCAUUUUUUUCUGUUCUGUUCUAAAGAGAAGCACAUACAGUAUAUAGAAUUGAUUUAUGAAUAGGUAUUUAUGUGUAUGUUUAGUGUAAUCCGCCUAAUUCAACUUUCAUUCCAGCUGUUGGCUUCCAGAAGUUUGUUGCAGGUCUUUAACAGUGAUGAUAAUUUAGACAUAGACUAUGUUUGGUUUUUGUUUCAUACAGUUUGUUGUACUCUGUUUGCGAGACUGCACUAUAUCUAGCAAUAAAUGAUCUUGCCUGAUGUUAAUAAUUAGAUCCAAUCCUGUCAAUAGAUAAAAGUCACAACAAUGACAUUUACAUUUAAGCAUUUUGUCAGAGGCAGCUGCUCUGCUACAAACUGAGGAAGAAUUUGUGCCUACAAACCUGAAAUAUCAUCCAUAAAAUCACCUAAUAUUUCAUUAGCAUCUCAGAAUAUUCCAUAUUUUUGGAAAAAUGUGCGCAUUCAUACGAGCUCAAGGGAUAUUUUAUAGAGGCUACGUCUCAAUAUAACGUUCUAAUUUCCAAAAGAGAGUUAGCGUUUUAUGUCAAAGCAAAAAAUAUUUUCCAUACACACAAGACAUUAAAUUCUAAAAAGAGAAGUAUCAUCUCUUAUCCAGAGAAAGUUAUUGGGUUACACUUUGUUUACUGUUGUAAAGUUCUUGUGUAAUUUGUCAUGGUAUUAUAGAUCAAGGUUUUAUCUUUGAUAUGCUAUCUCAAAGAAUAAAGAUUGAUAUUUUUAUUGUUUAAA